CGUCGUCUUGGCUCUGGUCAUCCAUCCACCAUCCACCAUCCACCCAGCACUCUCGUACCAUUCUGGGCUUGCCCAUCCAUCAUCCAUCCAUCGAUCAGUUUUUUUAUUCUAAAAAAUCAGUUUGAUUUUAUUUGAGUUGACUUGAAAAGAUCACAGUUGCACUAAAACAAAACGACGUCUAAUCUUAACCCGGCACUAAAUCUCUUGGCUUGGCUUUCAUUCCGCUCACCCUCCUUUUUUUUUUUUUUCUCUUCGGGGCUUGUCUUGGCCUGUCUUGUCUUCCGACGACUUGGUUGAUUCGAUUCACACACACAUCAUCAUCGUCACCGACCCCUCGCUGGCGGUCGUGUCAUCCAUUUCAUCGUAUCUCGAGUCUCUUUCGAAGUCGCAGACAGACCACAACGUUUGAUUGAACAAUUCAAUCCUGUACUUCUUUCACGGGUUAUGGUGACACAAACCCGUCCCAUGCCAAACAUGGUUUGAUCGCAAGAGAGCAUGUCCCUCGUCGAUAUCAGUAAUGUUGUCCUUUUGCUCAAUAAUCCGGCCCAGAGUAGCCAGGGCUCCGGGCCGAGCACGGUUAUCAAGAACAUAUCGGCCAUCUCAAAUCAAAUGGCAUACUCGUCACGGUUCGCAGAGAACUUGGUAACCCUGGCAUCAUCAUAUGUUACCUCGUCCCAAAACAUUCAGGGGCUUCUCUACGUCCCUGACCUGAGCCCAAAAGACCCAUGCCAUAAGAAGGUCGCGUCUAUGGUGCCUUCGAUGGUUACCCGUCGGGCCAAUCUCCCACCCGCAUCUUUUAACCUCGUUGGCCUCGCGCCGUGGAUCAGCACUGAAUGUACUCGGUCCUACCUCGCGUCUGCGCGCGUGGACCCAAUCCGUGCUUUCAUCUUUUACCGGGACACAAACAGCACCGAUGCCCCGCCUCCUGCAGAUGCUGACCUGUGGGACCUGGAUGAGGAUGACUCCUGGAAGAUUCAAAACAGGUUUCCCGUCUUUGCCGUUCCAGGUCGCGUCGGCGCCGAGAUGAUGACCCAACUCAGCCUUUACAGUGGUAACAUCACCACGGUACCAUUUGGUGACGAAAUCUCCAACAUGUACGACCCGAGGGAGGAGGAUUAUGUGAGGAUAUGGACGACCAUGAACGUCAACGUCGAUACCUCCUUCAGCACCUUUUGGAUAUCUAUCCCUAUCUUCAUCGGCGUCUUGGUCGGCAUCGUUCUCGCAACUUCGAUCUUCCUGCACUGUGUUGCCCGCAAAAGACGCUCGAGCUUGCGGAAGCGAGUACAGACCGGCGAAGUUAACCUCGAAGCACUGGGAAUCAAGCGGGUCAAGGUACCGCUCAAUCACGUGCACAACUUUCCAAUAUUCACAUACGCAAAUCACUACGAUAACCCACCGCCAGGAUCACCGACCCUCGCCUCCGCGCCGUCAACAAUAGAACAAGCACCGUCGUCCACCGGCUUGGACUUGAACAGUCUCAGCGACCAACCCGAGUGCCUCAUCUGCCUGCAGCCUUAUGUCGACAGAGAAACAAUCAUCCGCGAACUGCCGUGCGGACAUAUAUUCCACCCCGACUGCAUAGACGAGUUCUUAUCCGAGUUCAGCUCCCUAUGCCCUCUCUGCAAAACGUGCAUGCUACCCAAGGGCUACUCCCCACGUAUCACAAACAAUAUGGUGCGUCGUGAGAUCGCGACGAGGAAACUGCGUGAGCGUAUAGUCAUCAGUGACGAUGAGGAACGUUACGUCAGCAGUAGCACCGACAAAAAGCUGGGGCUCACUUGGGGCAGCACAAGGAAGAAGCACGUACCUCGCACACAACCGGCGGAUCACGACAGGGACACAACCCAGCCUGACGAUAUUCCAGGCGUUGAAGGGAGAGCAAGUCCCAAGACCCGGACGCGGCGAAGGAUGAGGGAGCUCGCGGGACCAGAUAUUGAGGGUGGCCUACCCAACAGUCAGGCUAACCAAUCGAUCUGGCAAAAAACCAAGGGCACCAUAUUCCCGCAGUUCAAGGGAUGAUUCUCGUAUUGGCUUCAGAGGACAUUAACGAUAUCUUGUUUUUUUGACGUGAUUGACGACAUAUAUAUACCCGCUUAUAGAAAGCAACCGGAUGACUAUUUUCUUUCAUGAACUAUAUAAUACCCACAAGAGAUAUCAAGGCUUCGAAGUGCCUAAGCAAAUUUUGUUUACAUACCACUAGCGUCUUUUUGCCAUAGCUCCUGGGGUCAAAUGGCUUCAAGUGACAAUAGACCUUGUCAACUUUUUUUUUAAAUAAAAAAAUAAAAAAAAACCCAUCAGGAUCGAA